CAAAAAAAUGUAUCGCAAAUUAGAUUCUUUUCCAAAGUUGGUUCUUCUGUAAAUCCCCAAGUCCCGCUCUUUUCCGCUACUAAAGACUACAACAAUCUCUCUCCCUAUCUCUAUCUCUGUCUCGUUCGAUCGAUCUUGUGUAAGAGUAAGAGAAAAAAAUGCAGGAACAAGCGACAAGCUCUUUAGCUGCAAGCUCUUUACCAUCAAGCAGUGAGAGAUCUUCAAGCUCUGCUCCACAUUUGGAGAUCAAAGAAGGAAUUGAAAGCGAUGAGGAGAUAAGGCGAGUGCCGGAGUUCGGAGGAGAACCUGCGGGGAAAGAAAUAUCCGGGAGAGAAUCUGGAUCGGCGAACGGACAGGAGAGGACACAGGCGACAGUCGGGGAAAGUCAAAGGAAGCGAGGGAGGACACCGGCGGAGAAAGAGAACAAGCGUCUUAAGAGGUUGUUGAGGAAUAGAGUUUCAGCACAGCAAGCAAGAGAGAGGAAAAAGGCGUACUUGAGUGAGUUGGAAAACAGAGUUAAAGACUUGGAGAACAAAAACUCUGAGCUUGAAGAGCGUCUCUCUACUUUGCAGAACGAGAACCAGAUGCUUCGACAUAUUCUGAAGAACACAACAGGAAACAAGAGAGGAGGAGGAGGAGGUGGUUCUAACGCUGAUGCGAGCCUUUGAUCUUCUUCCUUCUUCAAUCUUGUGGUUAUAUUUUUGUGGAUAAAUAACUUACAGGGGAAUUGUAUUAAUAAUAAUUAUCAUGUUAAAAUUUAUAUGGGAUGUGAAGAGCUAUAUUUCCAAUUGUUGUAGACCAACUUCUCUUGUUGUAGUUUUAGUCAUUCAAAGAUAAUUUUGUUUUUCUU